AUGAAACUGCUCACUCACAAUCUCCUGAGCUCCCAUGUGCGGGGCGUGGGCACGCGCGGCUUCCCGCUGCGCCUGCAGGCCACCGAGGUCCGCAUCAACCCCGUGGAGUUCAACCCCAACUUCGUGGCGCGGAUGAUCCCCAAAGUGGAGUGGGCGGCGCUUGUGCAGGCGGCGGACACCUUAAACCUGGCCGAGGUACCCAAAGAGCCCACUGAAGAUUAUGAGCACGACGAGACAUUUUUGAGGAAGAUGCACCACGUGUUGCUUGAGGUUGAUGUACUGGAGGGCACCUUGCAGUGCCCCGAAUCCGGUCGUCUUUUCCCCAUCAGCCGAGGAAUCCCCAAUAUGCUGUUGAAUGAUGAGGAGACUGAGACGUAGCCUGGCUGGCCACCACGUUGGCAUUUUGUGACCGUGUGUAUCUGUUGUAUAGUCUGUUAAGUAGGUACGUCAUGUGUGACCCCGAUCUCCCCCCAGUGACUCACUGACCACCGUGUUCUUGAGCUCCAUAGUAUAUUUUUUUUUUCUCAUUAAAGGUUCAAAACCAAAA